AAAAAAAAGAAAGGAAUCUCUGGAAAUGGAAAUCUCUUUUGGUACGUCCAUGUCUUUCCGCCAUGGAAAUAAAGCCAUCUGUUAUCAUCAAUGUCUCUAGGUUUUCCUUUUCUCAUUCUCCCCUCUUUCUCUCUCUCUCUUUAAACUCCUCUCCCCGAUUCGCCGCCUGCCCAAGUCUCUCAAUUCCAAAACUUGGGUUCCUAGUGGCGAUUCUCCUCCACUUCGCGUGACCCAAUUCACCUGUUUCCGAGUUCUAGGGUUAUAAAGGUAACUACUCGAUCGACAAAGCUCGAGUCUUUGUUUGGUUUCUGUAACAAUGGACGACGGUGAGGUCGAGUUUCCACUUAGCAGCUCUUCGAUGGACUCUUUCUUCGACGAGCUUCUCAGGGACUCUCACGCUUGUACCCACACUCACACUUGCAACCCUCCUGGACCAGAGAACACACAUACACACACCUGUCUCCACGUCCACACCAAGAUCCUCCCCGCUCAGGCCGAAGACAAAGAAGCCACCGACGACACGUCGGAGUCUUCAGGGAACAAGAGCAAGAAGAGGCCCUUGGGGAACAGGGAAGCGGUUAGAAAGUACAGAGAGAAGAAGAAGGCUAAAGCUGCUUCCUUGGAGGACGAAGUCAUGAGGCUUAGGGCUGUGAAUAGUCAGCUGAUGAAGAGGCUGCAAGGUCAAGCUGCGUUGGAAGCUGAGGUUACGAGGCUCAAGUGUUUGCUUGUGGAUAUAAGAGGGAGGAUCGAAGGAGAGAUUGGUGCUUUCCCUUAUCAGAAACCCGUGGCUCCCAACGCGCAUUUCUCUUAUACGAUGCAGCCUUGCAAUAAUAUGCCAUGCGGUGUUGACAACAACUUGUACUGCUUUCAAGAUGGGAAUAGUGGAGAAGGUGCCUUGAUGAAUGGGCAAGGUCUGAAUGGUUGUGAGUUUGACCAGCUUCAGUGCUUGGAUGGUGAUCAGAAUUUAGCUGGGUGUAGUAAUGGAAACGGAACGUUCGGUGUCAAUGCAUCCGGGGUUGCUAAUAAGAGAAAACGUGGGACUCCUGCCUCUAAAGCAGUUUGAAGUAUCACCACCAGUCAUGUGGUGCUGCUCUCCAUUUUCACAAGGCUUUAGUUAAUUAUCUUUCAAUAAGUAAUAGAGUUGAACUGCAUCACCAGCUUGUCUCGGGUCCUUUUGUGCUAUUUUUCAUUUUUUUGAAUCUCUCUUUUUGUGUUUCUUAUGUAAUUGCAUUUCUUUGUUGACGCUAGAAGUAAGACUUGUUUAUAUUCAAUUCGAAUUAUGCCAGUGUUCUUGCCGUGUGA